AUGCUGCUGUGGUCAUUGCUGAUCAUCUUUGCUUCAUUCAGUGAACAGACGGAUGGACUGACCCUCCUGGCACCUUCUUCUGUCUUUGAAGGAGACAGCAUAUUUCUGAAAUGCCAGGAAGAACAAACCUCAAAAAUCAAGUUGAUGACUUACUAUAAGGAUAAAAGAUUGUUAUUUUAUUCAAGACAAGCCUCAAGCUUCCCUAUACAAAAUGUAGUUUUGAGUGACAGUGGUGAAUAUUACUGUACUGCUACUUUUAAAAACAUCCUGCAAAGGAAAAAAACUUCAGCAAUAAUAAACAUCAAAGUCCAAGAGCUGUUUCCAUAUCUUAUGCUGACAGCCAGCACCUUUCAACCCAUUGAGGGAGACCCAGUGACCUUGACCUGUGAGACCCAGCUCCCUCCACAGAGGUCAAAUGUCCAGCUCCAGUUCUGCUUCUUCAGAGAUGGUCAGGCUCUAGGAUCAGGCUGCAUCAGCUCCCCAGAGCUCCAGAUUCCUGUCAUGUGGAGGGAACACUCAGGCUCCUACUGGUGCAAAGUAAUCGCAGUGAGUAACAGGGCCAGAAAACAGAGUCUCCAACACCAGAUUCAUGUGCAGAGAAUCCCAGUCUCUGAUGUGAGCUUAGAGACCCAGGCCCCUGGGGGAUGGGUAAUUGAAGGACAGAAGCUUGUGCUGCUCUGCUCAGUGGCUAAGGGCACAGGAAACAUCACAUUCUCCUGGCACAGAAAAGCCACAGAAAACAGUCUGGGAAAUAAGAAGACCCAAGGUUUCCUGUCAACAGAGCUGGAGAUCCAGGCCAUGAAGGAGAGUGAUGCUGGUGAAUAUUACUGUAGAGCUGACAAUGGCCAUGAAUCCAUCCAGAGCAAGGUGGUGAAUAUCUUUGUGAAAAUUCCAGUGUCCUGCCCUGUCCUCACCUUCAGGAUCCCCAGGGCCCAGGCUGUGGUGGGGGAUGUGGUGGAGCUUCACUGUGAGGCCCUGAGAGGCUCUCCCCCCAUCCUGUACCAGUUUUAUCAUGAGGAUGUCAUCAUGGGGAAUAGCUCAGCUCCAUCUGGAGGAGGAGUGUCCUUCAACUUCUCCCUGACUGCAAAACAUUCUGGAAACUACUCCUGUGAGGCCAACAAUGGCCUGUGGGUCCAGCGCAGUGAGGCAGUGUCAUUCUCCAUCUCAGAUUCUGAUGGUCACAGAAGAGACUUUGUCACAGUCAGAAUUCUCGGGGGACUGUUUGGUAUCCUUGGUUUCUUUGGUGUUGCUUGGCUGUUUUAUUGUUGGUCCCACAAAAUAUCAGGAGCAAGUUCUGUCACUAAUGGACCCAGAGGUGCUGAUGUCCCAAACCCUCAAGAAUCUACCCACUCCAGCCCAAUCCCAGCCAUAGAGGAGCUUCAGCCAGUGUAUGUCAAUGUGGACCCUGUAGGUGUGGAUGUGAUUUACUCCCAGGUCUGGACCAGCCAACAUCCAGAAAGCUCAG